UGCUUUUAUAUUCCAACAGGAAAUAUGGGAUGUAUAAAAUCAAAAAGGAAAGACAAUCUGAAUGACGAUGGAAUAGAUUUGAAGACUCAACCAGUACGUAAUACUGACCGAACUAUUUAUGUGAGAGAUCCAACGUCCAAUAAACAGCAAAGGCCAGUUUCAGAGUCUCAGCUUUUACCAGGACAGAGGUUUCAAACUAAAGAUCCAGAGGAGCAGGGAGACAUUGUGGUAGCCUUGUACCCCUAUGAUGGCAUCCACCCGGACGACUUGUCUUUCAAGAAGGGAGAGAAGAUGAAAGUCCUGGAGGAGCAUGGAGAAUGGUGGAGAGCCAAGUCCCUUUCCACAAAGAGAGAAGGCUUCAUCCCUAGCAACUACGUCGCCAAAGUCAACACUUUGGAAACAGAAGAGUGGUUUUUCAAGGAUAUAACCAGGAAAGACGCAGAGAGGCAGCUGCUGGCACCCGGGAACAGUGCUGGAGCUUUUCUCAUCAGAGAAAGUGAAACAUUAAAAGGAAGUUUCUCUCUGUCUGUCAGAGACUAUGACCCUGUGCACGGUGAUGUCAUUAAGCACUACAAAAUUAGGAGUCUGGACAAUGGCGGUUAUUACAUCUCUCCACGAAUUACUUUUGCCUGUAUCAGUGACAUGAUUAAGCAUUACCAAAAACAGUCCGACGGCCUAUGCAGGAGACUGGAGAAGGCGUGUAUCAGUCCCAAACCGCAGAAGCCGUGGGAUAAAGAUGCCUGGGAGAUCCCGCGGGAGUCCAUCAAGCUGGUGAAGAGGCUCGGUGCUGGGCAGUUCGGGGAAGUCUGGAUGGGUUACUAUAACAAUAGUACCAAAGUGGCUGUGAAAACCCUGAAACCAGGCACUAUGUCUGUGCAAGCAUUCCUGGAAGAAGCAAACCUCAUGAAGACCCUUCAGCACGACAAGCUGGUGAGGCUCUAUGCCGUGGUCACCAAAGAGGAGCCCAUCUACAUCAUCACCGAGUACAUGGCCAAGGGCAGUUUGCUGGAUUUCUUGAAGAGUGAUGAAGGGGGCAAAGUACUGCUUCCAAAGCUCAUCGACUUUUCUGCUCAGAUUGCGGAGGGAAUGGCGUACAUCGAGAGGAAGAACUACAUUCACCGAGACCUCCGAGCAGCGAAUGUGCUGGUCUCCGAGUCCCUCAUGUGCAAAAUCGCGGAUUUUGGCCUGGCUCGGGUGAUUGAGGAUAACGAGUACACGGCAAGGGAAGGUGCUAAAUUCCCCAUCAAGUGGACCGCUCCAGAAGCCAUCAACUUUGGGUGUUUCACUAUCAAGUCUGACGUGUGGUCCUUCGGCAUCCUCCUGUAUGAAAUCGUCACCUAUGGGAAAAUCCCCUACCCAGGGAGAACUAACGCGGACGUGAUGACCGCCCUGUCGCAGGGCUACAGGAUGCCCCGCAUGGAGAACUGCCCGGAUGAGCUCUAUGACAUCAUGAAAAUGUGCUGGAAAGAGAAGGCGGAAGAGAGGCCGACGUUUGAUUACUUACAGAGCGUCCUGGAUGAUUUCUACACUGCCACGGAAGGGCAGUAUCAGCAGCAGCCUUAGAGCUCAGGAAGACUCAUAGCCAUUCGCAGGGACGGCUGCCUCGUUAAAAAAGAAAAAAUAACAAUCACUGAUUGCACCAGUCAUUUCAUGUGCUGGGAUGAUCCACCGUCCCUGCUUCCUGGAAGUGAGGCUGAAUUACUCAGGAAGAACACUCUCUACAUGGAAAAGGAUUCUCUUCCCAUAGGCUGAUGCCCACGGUUUGCAGCUCGGUUGGCUCCCGGCUGGCAAUCUUGCUUUACUAGACCCACAUCUGAAUACAACCUUCUGAAAAGAAAACAGCUGUUCUAUCCAAAAUGCACCCACUUUGGCCUCCUGUUUGCAAUUGGAUGUGUGGGCCAUUUCAAUAAAUCCCCAACAGGAGCAGAACUAAACUCACUCAUGAAGGUGAAAUAACCAGGUGCAGAUCAUGACACUUCUUUGUAUUUUCUCUGUCCUUUGGCUUAUUUGUUAAAAAAUUACUAAUCCAACCUGUUAGAUUUUGCAGGUAAAGUCAGAAGCUUAAAAAUAUCUUUCCCAGAUUUCAGUGAUCUCCCGUCCCCCUAAAAUCUGAGACUGUUAAACAUUUUCCUUCCGUGGGGACUGCUCGGACCCCAGAUAGGAGGCAGCAGUGGCACUUCCCUGU